UUAAUUUUUGAAGGGUGUUUGUGAGGGAGAAUUUUCUGUCGAUGGAGGCUCGUAAUUUUCAUGGUCCAGUUGUGUCAAAUAUGGAGGUUGGUGGGAAGAAGAGUAGGGAGUGGGAUUCGAAUGAUUGGGUGUGGGAUGGUGAUCGAUUUACUGCUGAACCGUUGAAUUCUCUGCCAUCAGAUUGUAGGAGUAAACAGCUGUUUCCUAUAGGAUCAGAGAUUCCAGAAACUGCUACUGGAAUCUUCAAUGGUUUUUCAUCUGGCGCAGGUGAAUUGACAUUAGGAAAUGAUGAACGGAGGAAGGAAUUGGAGAAAAGGAGGCGGACGAUUGUAAUUGAUGGUGAUGAUGAGCAGAAUGGUGAGGCUGGGUCUCUCAAUUUGAAGCUUGGUGAACAGUUGUAUCCUGUGAUGGAAGGGGAAGUGGAAAAAUGGGAAGGGAAGAAUGGUAAAAAGACGAAAAUUAGUGGGGUUUCAUCGAAUCGUGCUGUUUGUCAAGUGCAGGAUUGUCGAGCUGAUUUGAGCUGUGCUAAAGAUUACCAUCGACGACAUAAAGUGUGUGAGGUGCAUUCUAAAGCAGCAAAAGCUUUGGUUGGGAAUGUUAUGCAGCGUUUCUGUCAGCAGUGUAGUAGGUUUCAUGUUCUCGAAGAGUUUGAUGAGGGGAAGCGGAGCUGUCGUAGGCGUUUAGCUGGGCAUAACAAACGAAGAAGAAAAACACAUCCAGAAAAUGUAGCUAAUGGAGCCUCCGUGACUGAUGAGGGGGGUAGCCACUACUUAUUAAUUAGUCUGCUGAGGAUACUGGCCAAUGUACAGUUCAAUAGCUCGGAGCAAACUAAAGACCAGGAUCUAUUGUCACAUCUGCUGAGAAACUUAGCUAGUCUGGCUGGUGCAGCUAAUGAGAGGAACACAUCGAGCUUGUUGCCUGCACCUUUAGAUCUGCAAAACACAGGGACAUCUAUGGAGGCUCCAAAAGAGGACUCUCUUAGGCCUAAUGGGAAUUGUUUGACUAUACCUGCAUCAGAAGUGACAGAGAAGAGAAUGGACACGGGCACGAGUGAUGCUGAACGUGGAAUUUCACAAAAUCCUCGUGCUUCACAGCCUGAGACUAUGUGUUGUAGAAAAGAGAGCUUACCUAUCAAUGCAAAUGCCCCAGUCACCACAUCUGCACCGUUGAAGCUAAAUAUUGAUUUGAAUAACAUCUAUGAUGAUUCUCAAGGUGGCAUUCAAAAGUUGCAGAAUUUUGGUGUCUUUGCAAACCCAGGGGCUGGAUCUUCUGGCCGUCCUCUAUGGAUAAGUCAUGACCCUCACAAGUCAAACUCCACAAGGACAAGUUGGAACUCAGGAUCCACCUCAUCCCUUUCACCAUCUAGUUCAAGUGGAGAGGCUCAGAGUCGAACGGAUCGUAUUGUCUUUAAACUUUUUGGGAAAGAUCCUGGUGAAAUUCCCACAGGCUUGCGGAAGCAGGUUCUUGAUUGGCUAUCACACAGUCCUACAGAUAUUGAAAGCUAUAUUAGACCUGGUUGUAUUAUACUAACAAUAUAUCUUCGGAUGGAUAAACCCAUAUGGGAGGAGCUUUAUUGUGAUCUUAACUCUAGUUUGAAGAAACUUCUUAAUGCAUCCGCUGGUUCAUUUUGGCGAACUGGAUGGGUUUAUUCUAGGGUGAAGGAUCGAGUGGCAUUUUUGUUUAAUGGGCAGGUUGUUCUGGACACUCCCUUGCCAAGCCAUAGAAACUGUGGGAUAUCAAUCAUCAAACCUAUAGCAGUUUGUGCCUCUGAAAGAGUUCAAUUUUUGGUCAAAGGCUUUAACCUAUCUCGUCCCACUACAAGGUUACUAUGUGCCAUGGAAGGGAAAUAUCUCGUUCAGGGGAAUUGUAUUGAUAUGGUGGUAGGAGCUGAUUCUUGUAUGGACCAUAAUGAGAUCCAGUCCCUUAGUUUUCCUUGUACAGUGCCAAAUGCUACUGGAAGAGGGUUCAUUGAGGUUGAGGACCAUGGUCUUAGCAGCAACUUCUUCCCAUUUAUAGUUGCAGAGAAAGAAGUUUGUUCUGAGAUUCGUACAUUGGAGAGCAUUAUUGAGGAUGCUAAAAUAGCCGAUGGUUUUCUGCGAGGAACUGAAGAAUUUCAAGCCAGGGACCAAGCUCUGGACUUUUUACAUGAACUGGGUUGGCUGCUUCAUAGAAGCCAUUUGAAAUUUAGAGUGGGUUCUGGUGCCAGCUUGAAUCUUUUCCCAUUUCAGAGAUUCCAUCGGCUUAUAGAUUUCUCCAUUGACCAUGACUGGUGUGCUGUAGUAAAGAAACUGUUGGAUGUCUUCUUCAAUGGCGUUGUGGAUGUAGGAAUACAGUCAUCACUUGACGUUCCAUUGCAGGAGGUUGGCAUCCUUCAUCGAGCUGUGAGGAGAAAGUGCAGAUCUAUGGUAGAUGUCCUCUUGAAAUAUCGUAAUCAUGGAGCUUUUGACAAAUCAGGACUACAAAAGCAAGAAGAUGAUCGUGGCUAUUUAUUUAGACCUGAUGCAGUGGGUCCUGGGGGUUUGACUCCACUUCAUGUUCUUGCUAGUCUUGCUGGCUAUGAGAAUAUUUUGGAUGCUUUAAUUGAUGAUCCAGGACAGGUGGGAAUUGAAGCUUGGAAAAGUGCCCGUGACAGUACCGGACUGACACCCAAUGAUUAUGCAUGCCUGCGAGGCCAUUACUCAUACGUCCAUAUGGUCCAGAAAAAAAUCAAUCAGAAACCAGGUGACGGACAUGUUGUUCUUGAUAUCCCUGUUUCGUUGUUGGAUAGCAAUCUCAAGCAGAAACUAUCAGAUGGUCAUAGGUCGGUAAAAGUAACUAGCUUUCAAACUGAGAAGUCUUUAGGGAAACCAAUUCACCGACAAUGCAAACAAUGCAAACAGAAAUUAUCUUAUGGAAACUCAGGAACAUCACUUGUAUACAAACCGGCAAUGCUUUCAAUGGUUGCAAUUGCUGCUAUCUGUGUUUGUGUAGCUUUGCUAUUCAAAAGUUCACCGGAGGUUCUUUAUUCGUUCAGACCCUUCAGAUGGGAGCUGCUGAAGUAUGGCUCCAUCUAAAUAAGGUAUAGCCUUAUGUUUUAAGAAGAUAAUAUAGGAAAUGCCAUGGCUUGUUUUUUCUUCUGAAUUAAUAUGCCACGAUAUAAUUGGGAGAGCUCCAACUCUGUAUAUUUAUUUUGACUAAUUCAUCAUAAUAUUAUACAUAAGAAGCUUUAACUGCAAAUAGGAAA